CUCAAAAAAAAAUAGGCCAUGAAGCAGAACAGCGACUGCAGCAAGUGCAGCAGCAGCGUGCUCAAGCCGGAAGUAGUUUUGGAGGAACUGUGCGCCUUUUGCCUGGAUCACAUACGUGAUCCUGUGCAGCUGCACUGCCAGCACCACUUCUGCAGGAGCUGCCUGGCGUUGUAUCGCGAGGAGCGCAAUUGGCAGGCCAAACGCUGUCCGCUCUGCCGGCGCAGCUUGGAGCUGAGCUCGGGCCACGUGCGGAUCGAGGCUGACUGCAAGGGAAGCUGGCGCCUGAAAUUACUGCUGUUGCUCGCAUUACUGCUGUUAAGUUUGGGUACAUUUUUUCUGCUGCUAAUCUACUGGUAGCCGUCGAUUUGGUAGAAAAACUCAACACUAUCCCGGCUGUUUCCCACCUGCUCACAUAAAAUCCAGCUAUACACAUGUAUAUCGCUCCGUGUAGUUAUAAAUCUGCAAAGUGUACUUACAACUUUCGUCAAAUCUCGAACUCAUUGUUUGCAACAGUAAAAAAAGAAACGUAUUUCGUUG